UUGUGCAGUCACUCCAAGUUUGACUUGGAUUUCCUCGACUGGUUGUGGUGAAUACUAAAGGAAUUAUGUGUUAUUUAAUAAUGCAAAUAUUUACUGAUCAAUAAACAUUUACCUAUCGUUUUACGUAACAAUAAAUAAAGAUAUAUACAAAUAAAUUAAAGUGUUUGUGUAAAUAAACACAAAAGCAAAAAAAAACCAGUAUGUUUCAUAUGUCAAAUGAAUAAACGUAAAUAAACGAUGUGUACGUGCCGUUCUUGUCGCAUUGCAUUCUGGUUCUUGUAGUCGAUUUGUGUUGUUCCGCUGUUAUUUUUUUGUUGUCGCUGCAGAGAUCAGCUGCUCCGUCCUCACGAUGUCUUCGGGCAGCACAGCCAUGCAGACAGCCGAGGCUGGAAGCGAAGGAAACAAUAGGACGUCGUGUCCGUUACACGGCUGUAAGCGUGUGUACUCGGACAAGACUUCUCUUGAGAGCCACAUCAAGGACCACGAGAUCUCCGCUCAGUCACUACCAGGAAAGGUCCUGCUGUGCUCCACCGUUGGAUGCAGCGGAUCCUUCCCCGACAUGCAGAAACUGAUGCAACACAUGAGGCAUCAUCACAAGCCCAACAUAUUCUUCCUGUGCGAGAGCUGCCGCACAAAGUUGCGAUCCUACCGCGGCCUCCUGACUCACCUGCACACCUGUUCCAAAGUGUCACGGGGCAGGCCGAAGCCGUCGGAACCGGUGGCCCCCCCUGCGCCUGCUGCUGUGACCAACCCGGACCUGGACCAGAAGCCCCCGCUGCUUGACCCAGUGUCGGCCCCCCAGCCGCUUCCCUCUGAAAUCCCAAACACGGAAGGUUCCUUCCUUGCCGCUGUUCUAGAGGCAGACCCUGCCCCCCCUCUCCUCGGACCCCCCUUCUUGUCCAAACCGGAGACCUCCCCUCCCCACCUCACUCCGCCGCUGCUCACAGAGGCAGCACACCAGCCUCGCAUCAAGAUCGAACCCUCGGAUCUGCCUCUAUCUUUAAACCUGGAUGGCCCGACUGCUGCUUCGGACCCCCAGGAUGCCCAGGGUCAGCCCCUGACACAGACCAGGUGUCCUGAGCCCAUCCACCCUGCUCCCGGACCGGUGCCCCGCUCUCCUGGGUCUGCCGCUGUCUGGAAGAAGGGUCAAGGGACGGCCUGCAGCAGGCGCAUCCUGUGGGAGCACACUAAAGGGCGCUACACCUGCGUGCAGUGUGGCCACGCGGUCACCAACCGCAAGGAAAUGACUCUUCACAUCAGCAGCAAACACAGCGGCAGCAAACACAGCGGCAGCAAACCCGCCGACGACACAGGGAGCUCCGCUGCCAGCUCGUAGCGUGGAGGCGGGAGGACGUCGUCCUUGAGGACUCUUCUGUCGGUGGAUGUUUCCGUCACCUUUGUAUUCUGAGCGAACUGCCUGUAGCAGUGAGUUAUUAACUGAUUGUUGAACAUUUUUUGCAUUACUUUAUCCGUUUUAACAAAACACUGCAACAUUUCUCCUCCACACACAUUUGAAGAUUGUACAUAGUUCAAUACUACUACUACUGUAGUAUCUUCCCAGGGUAAGUAGUAGAGACUCCAGUCUAUAAAAUAUGGUUAUUGACAAGCAAAACCCAACAAUGUCAUUACUUUUUUUUGUCACUGCAUUAACAACUGUAACUUUGGUUUUUCACAUUGAAAGUAGCCACAAGAUUAUCCAUUGUACAGUCCUGUUGUAACUGGAUGGACACAGACACAGGCGUCGUUAAAAGGACACGUAUGUAGGAUUUAGGGGGAUCUGUUGGCAGAAAUGGGGGAAAUAUAUUUGUUUUCAUUCGCGUAUUAUCACGUGGAACUAAAAAUCACUGUUUUCUUUGAGCUUAUAGUGAGCCCUUCACAUCUGCAUAGGCAGUAGCCCAAUCACACACUGGCUCUAGAGGGCUUUCCCUGUUUUAAGUUGAAGUGGCAGCUUGAAUUGUCUACAUGCUUGGAGAAGCAGGGUAUCCAGGAGGCUGCAGUCUGCAAACUCACCACCAGAUGCCACUAAAUCCUACACUGCGGCUCCUUUUAACUGUUGCUUCUCAUGUUUAAAGUUGUCAUACCCGCCACUUCCAGGAUCAGUCUGCUGUUAUUCUAGACUUUUGUGUGAAACAAAUUCAAUGAAAAGACAGCAAACAAUGAGGUAGUUUAUUUGUCAAUACACAUCUGUGGCUCUCUACCCAUUGGUUCCCAUUGUAAAGCUUUAAAAAUAAAAAAAUAAACAGCUCA